GUUGACAUCAGUCAAAGAUAUGAGGAAGUGUUUGACGAGGACAGUUACGAUCGCAUACGACAAUGGGAGAAGCUCAAACAUGGGAUCAUACCGACACAACAGAAGACUGCUGUGAAGAAGUUUCUGUUCGAGGAAGAAUUGGAAGCAUACCGAAAGCUAAGGAAUCAGAGCAAAGCCGCUAAACUUCUUGAGGCAGUUUUUCGAGGAAUCACUCUUCGGCAUUAUAUCUUCCCAAGCCUUGGAGAGAAAGUUUUCUUCGAGUACCUACUGCAGAAUACCUACUCAGAAGCAGUGAACUGUGUUGUAGAAAUAGACGAGCCCGGUUUGAGCAUAGUAACGGAUACGGAUGAGUGGAGCUUCUACAAACGUGCUAAUUCACUGGAAACACCCAUUGAGAAGAAUCUGGUACUCCAAAAUGGUGCACAUUUGGAGAUCUUCUUGAAGCCGAUGGAAGCGGUCUAUGUACCGUUCAUCUACGAUGAUCUCAAAGCUACAAAACAACCUGACGGGCAAGUUGUUUCAACAAAGGUUCUCUUCCGUCGAUGGGAUAAUAGGUCAGCCAUUUCAAUACUGGAUCUUCGCGUUGAACAUCGUCCAUAUGCUCUUAAUGAGACAUAUCGGUUCUUCAACGAAGCUGCAUCAAACUGUGAACGAUUCAUAAAAAUUCAAGGAAUCCCAAGUGAGUGGUGUUGA